AUGGUGCAGUUCGACACGAUCAUAGUGAUAGCCAGCGGAUCGGGAGGUGGGUUCUCACUAGCCAUGUUAGACGAAGCGCUCCGGUUAACGGGGAUCGACACAUUGGCAAGCAAGAAACGAGAACCCUCACCACCCAAUCUCCAAGUCAUCUCCUCGACCCGCGACAACGCCAUGGCAGACUCGGACAACGUAUUUGAGACUGUGGUAUCUGUCCAAAUUACUGGCCAGCUGGGAUCAGAUAUUGCCUCAGCUUCAGAGUAUAACGAUGUUAAGGGUGACGGCACCGCUGGUAAAGUACUGCCGGCUGAGGUUGCUACCACGGGGAAGUUUCAGUUUGAAUGUUCAGCUUGUCCUAAUCUUCCUCGUCUGCUUGCGCGCACUGUUGGCGUGGCACAUGUUCAAGGGACGCAUCUUCAGAAGAAGCAGCGGGUUGGGGUUGGGGUGGUUUGUGGUCCUGCUUCUAUGCUGCACGAUACUCGGAAUGCGGCAGCUUUGGUGCAGGCUAGGUUGUUUGGGGGUGAAAUUGAGGAGCUGUAUUUGCAUUCUGAGCCUUUUGUGGAAGUCUUUGGUUUCCUUGUUAUGUUAUGA